GCUCAGGGCUUGGAGAGGGAGGGAGAGAAGAGAGAGGAGAGGAGAGGAGAGAGAGAGAGGAGCAUCCCCCCAUGCACUCUCCUUGCUACACACACAGCAAGAACUGAGCAUCUUCCUCCAGGAAGCCAGGAGAGGGUUUGCACCAUGACUGUGUGACACAGACAGAAGAGACCCUCCUGCACUGAUCAAUCACCCACAGGGGGUGCCUAGGCUCCAAGGCUGCUGUUUGGGGGUCUGCCUUGCACACCCCACCCACUGCUUCCCUCUGAUCAUCAGUCAUCUGGAUUUUGACAGAUCUUCUCCCCCCCCAACCUUGAUGGACAAGCAGAGAAGAGAGCAGCUCUGAGAGAGGAGGAAGGGGGGUCUGUGUCUCUCCAUGCUCCCACCUUGUCCCCCAGCCCUGUGGACCCCUCUAGCCAGGAGCUGCCGCUGCUAGCACCCCUCACCUUCUUCCAUUGUCUGCAGCCAAAAGGACAAUCACAGGCGGAUUGCACUCGGAAUGGCACAAAGGUACGACGAAAUGGUGCAUUACCCAGGGUUAGAAGGCAUCCCUUUAUCCGGCUUUGGGGAUGCGCACACAGGAAGAGCCAUGCAGCACCACGCUCUCAGCCAGAACUCACCCUAUGGGCCUGUGGGGGGUGCUCACCGGGUCCCAAUGCCCCCUGGUAUGGGCAGCAAUGACGGCCUGAAGAGGGAGAAGGAUGAGAUUUAUGGACACCCCCUCUUUCCACUACUGGCGCUGGUGUUUGAGAAGUGCGAACUGGCGACGUGCUCACCGCGGGAUAAUUCCGGCUCCUUCCCAGGGGGUGACGUGUGCUCCUCGGACUCCUUCAAUGAAGAUAUUGCCGUAUUUGCUAAACAGGUCAGAACGGAAAAACCUCUCUUCUCUUCCAAUCCAGAGCUGGACAACCUGAUGAUACAGGCGAUCCAGGUUUUACGAUUUCACUUGUUAGAGCUGGAAAAGGUUCACGAUUUGUGUGAUAACUUCUGUCAUCGAUACAUCACCUGUUUGAAAGGCAAGAUGCCCAUCGACUUGGUGAUAGACGACCGUGAUGGCUCCUCCAAAUCAGAUCUGGAAGAUUUCACAGGAUCCUGUACGAGUCUAUCGGAUCAGGUAGGAAUCAAGAAUAAUUCAUGGAUACGCGACCACGAUGAAACAGGCUCCACCCACUCAGGAACGCCGGGUCCAUCCAGUGGAGGGUUGGCUUCGCAGAGUGGGGAUAAUUCCAGUGAACAGGGUGACUGUCUAGACAAUAGUGUGGCCUCACCCAGUACGGGGGACGACGAUGACUUAGACAGGGACAAAAAAAGGAACAAGAAACGAGGAAUUUUCCCAAAAGUCGCCACAAACAUCAUGAGAGCGUGGCUCUUCCAGCACCUUUCGCACCCAUACCCCUCAGAAGAACAAAAGAAGCAGCUUGCACAGGACACAGGGCUUACGAUACUUCAGGUCAAUAAUUGGUUCAUUAAUGCAAGAAGACGGAUCGUUCAGCCAAUGAUUGACCAAUCAAACCGCACAGGUCAAGGCAGUGGACCCUAUAGCCCCGACGGUCAGAACAUGGGGGGAUUCGUCAUGGAUGGCCAGCAGCACAUGGGAAUUCGCCCACCAGGUUUCCAAGGAAUGCCAGGGGACUACAGUGCGGCCCCGGGCUCUAUGGCCAUGGGAUUCCCUCCAGCCGGUUACACGUCCGCCAUGCCCUCGCACCCUGCCGGCCUGCGUCACGGACCUUCUUUACACUCCUACCUCCCAGGGCACCCCCACCACGCCUCCAUGAUUCUGCCCGCAGGCACCUCCCCUCACCACCUGGUGUCAGCGCAGAGCCCGGCGGACGCACUUCUCAACGGUCAAAACAUAGACAUUCACGCUCACUAACAUUCAGCCAAACCGGGUGUCAGCUUCUCUUCUAACCUUUUCUUCCAGCUUCCAAAAAAAACAAAAAACUAUUGUCUUUAGAAAAAGGGAUUUGUUUGGUCAGACUUGCUACCCCGUAGACGAUUGCAGAUCGCUUUCACCGCAGAACAGAGACUGAUGGAAAUGCGGGGGCCAUGCAAGGGAAGGAAAACAAACCCCAUUCUACCGUCUUCCUAAAUAUGCCGCAGUGUAAACUGAAGAGCUGACGCUCGGUGCAAGGAAAACCACUGAUUUUAUUUUUGUGGGUUUUUAAUUUUUCACGCACACCCUCCCGACCCACAAUUCCCUUUCUAUGAAUGGACCAACACAGGACUCAAGUCUAAAGACAGAUGAAGAGCGCAAGAUCUUUGAAAUCUUGUUUUUUCAUUUUGUUUGGUUUUAUUUUUAUUUUUUACGUCAUCACUCGCAGCAGGGACUAAGUUAACUUGUACAUUUUUUUAAUUAAUAUUAUAAUUAUUUGAGUUGAUAAGUGUAUUGUUUUACCUGUUUUUUAUGAUAAAAGAACUUGAAAAAAA